UUUCAUAAAUGUUGCGUUUUAUAGAUCACAGUGCUCAUGUAUAUGGCAUCAUUGUCUUGAACUGCUAUGUGAUACCUUAAAUAGUUUUGGGCAAAAUGGCGGAAAGUGAGCAGGAUUCAACUGUGAAUCAGGAACAAAGCGCCAAACAAGUCGAGCCGGACAACAUUCAGGCUGAUGAUGAGAAAAGACCAGAGAAAGACAUGACUGAUGUGAUGCGGGGCAGCAGCUCUCUCCUGGCACCGGAGGGUGUCCAGUCUCCCCCGCAGCCACAGCCCAGACCACGCCCAAAGAAAGCCCCAGAGUUGCCCAUAUUUGAAUGUAAGAACUGGCUGAUCCACCAGCACUACAUCAGGAAGGAGUACGGGCUGUGUAAGUCUUUGAUAAAGGAAGAGCUUCAAGAAAGCCAAGGAAUGUGUGAAUAUGCUAUUUAUGUCCAAGCACUGAUCAUGAGACAGGAAGGGAACAUCCAGGAGUCCCUGGAGCUGUUCCAAACCUGCUCACUUCUCAACCCACAGAGUGUGGAGAAUCUCAAACAAGUGGCACGGUCCUUGUUCCUUCUGGGCAAGCACAAAUCUGCCAUAGAUGUUUACAAUGAAGCAUCCAAAAUGAACAUGAAAGACUGGGAAAUCUUCCACAACCUCGGUGUGUGCUACUUGUUCCUGAAGGAGUACAGCAAGGCUAAAGAGAACCUGAAGCUGGCCAUCCAGUACAGCCGACAUGAGGUGUCCUUCCAGAUGCUGGCAAGAGUCUACCUACUGGAGCAUGAUGUGGAUAUGGCUUUGGACAUCUACAAGAGAGCUGUAGAAUUCUCUCCUGAAAACCCAGACCUUCUCACAAGCCUAGGUCUGCUGUAUCUCCAAACAGGACAGUUCCAAAGAGCGUUCGAGCACCUUGGAAAUGCACUUACUUAUGAUCCUGUCCAUGUAAAGGCCAUCAUGGCGGCAGGGUCCAUGAUGCAGACCCAUGGAGACUUCGAUGUGGCUCUGACCAAGUACAGGGUGGCUGCUGCCAGCACACCCGAGAGUGCUCCGCUGUGGAACAACAUCGCCAUGUGCUUCUUUGGAAAGAAGAAAUAUGUAGCAGCCAUCAGCUGCCUGAAGCGAGCGGUGUACCUGGCACCGUUCGACUGGAAGGUUCAGUAUAACCUGGGCCUGGUGCAUCUCACUAUGCAGCAGUAUGCUUCUGCCUUCCACUACCUCAGUGCUGCUAUCAAUAUCCGCCCCAAGAUGGGAGAACUGUACAUGCUGCUGGCAGUUGCCCUGACUCACCUGGAAGAUGAACAGAAUGCCAGGAGAGCCUAUGAGCAGGCAGUCCUCUUGGAUCAGAAAAAUGCGUCCGUGAACCUGAACUAUUGCCUGUUCCUGAUGAACCAUGGUGAGCGGAAGGCGGCUGUGCGUCAGUUCUCUGUUUUUGAGCAGAAGCUACAGGAGGCCAGGAAACACUCCAAUAGUGUCGACCAAGAGCUGUUGGACAUGGCAGCACGGUUGGGUCCUUCUCUGCACUUGGGUGAGAACUUGGUGUGGAACAAACAGCAGGGUGCUGAUGGAGCCAACUCCCAGCCUCCCAGCAGGGCACCCCUGCCUGCCGCACACACAAACGAUGUUCCUCCCGCAGUGGACACAGCUGUACCAACAGCGCCCCCGGCAGAACUGGAGCCAACUGCACCUCCUGAAUCUGACCUGGAUGCCUUACCCAGCCCCCCCUCCCACCCAGUGGAGGAGGAAACAGACAGCAGGAGAGAAGCUCCACGGAGAGUAGCAAUGGAGGCAGACUGAGGGCUUACAUGUACAUGGGCAUUAUUAGCACUGCUAUAGUUGUGCUUAUGUCACCAAAAUACAGCAUUUCAGCCAUAAUUGUACUGACCUACAUGUAAGAUGUUGAAUAACAUAAGAAGGCUGUAUAUUUUGUCUAUGUUCAGUACAAUUCUGGCUGAAAUGCACAACUAUAGCAGUGCUAGUAAGGCCCAAAGUCAUAUUCCCAUUUCUUGAUUCCUGCCAUCAGGUAAUCAAGAUAAUUUCUGCCCUUAAGUAAACACUGUCUAGUUGGUUCUAAACUGCCAUUCGCAAAAAACAUUUUGAAAAGCAGAAACGCAAAGUUACAUGAAACUGUGCUUUUGUAUGUACUUCACGAUGAUUACACACUGUGUGCUUAUCAAAAGAACAGUU